AUGGAGGGAAAGGUUAUCAAGGGCUUCGGCCGGGGGUCCAAGGAGAAGCGGCAGCAGCAGCAGAAGCAGGCGGCCGAAGCACUGGGCAUACCGACAGCCAACCUCCCGGUCGACGCCACCGUGACCCCCUGGAUAUCCGAUGCCAAAUCCGGCGUCUACUUCGGCUGGGCCGCCCUCGAGCUGGCGAAGGACCAUCCCAACUACAGGUCGUCGUCCUCGUCGUCCUCGUCGUCCCCGUCACCGGCGGGCGAGGGCGGCUUCUCCAUCUUCCCCAUGGUCAUGUCCAUCGGGUACAACCCCUUCUACAACAACACAGUGCGCAGCGCCGAGGUGCACGUGCUGGACAAGUUCGCCGCCGACUUCUACGGCGUCGACAUGCGCCUGCUGAUCGUCGGCUAUAUCCGCGACGAGAAGAACUACGACGGCCUGGACGCCCUGAUCGAGGACAUCAACACGGACUGCGAGGUCGCCAGGAGGAGCCUCGAGAGGGACGCCUGGAAGCCCGCCGGCCAACAGGGCGGGACGCUGGACGGCUCGUGGCUCACGAGGUAG